AUGGCCGCGAGCCACUUCACGAGGAGCAGCGGCAUGGAUAGAGCCACGCAAGUAAUAUUGCGCUUUUUGCAUAUCAACGACGUUUAUGAGCUGGAAAACCUGCCGCGUUUUGCCACGGCCGUCCGGGAGACGAAAGCCGCAGCGCGGAUGGAGGAGGAAGCGUCGAAAGGGCGCCUUAUAAUCAAGGUCCUGGCGGUGGUGGCAGGAGAUUUCCUCGCCCCGUCAUUGCUGAGUUGUUUGGAUAACGGACGAGGCAUGGUGGACGUCCUGAACGCGUGCGGCGUGGACUACGUGUGUCUGGGGAACCACGAGACCGACAUCCCCCACCGGGACAUGCUGGAGCGGAUUGUGGAGAGCGACUUCGUCUGGCCAUGA